AUGUCUAUCCUGGGCCCCUUCCACAUACUAAGAUCGGCUGACAUCACACUUCAAUCAGCUACGGCACCCUUCUGGGAGUCGAGAUCUAUCAGGACGCUUCCCCGUCAGCAGUUCUCGACGCUCCAGAAUAGCCUGUUCCCGAUCUACUUCACCCUGCAGAGCGCUCUCCCCGUUGUCGCAGCGCUGACCUACCCGGGAGCCAGAACGGUCCUGGGAACUGGGCCCUCUAGCCUCGCGGGGGUGCUUCUCGAGGAGAAUCGUCUGACGGUGUUGCUGCCGCUUUCGAUCGUCUUCGUUUCGGGACUGACCAACCUGCUCUAUCUGACCCCGAAGGUUGUGGGAGUUAUCAAGCAGAGGUGGCAGCAAGAAUCGAUCGACGGCAAGAAGAGUUAUGACCCGCCUCCUCACUCCAAGGAGAUGACCGAGCUCAACAAGAAGUUUGCCAAGCUGCAUGGAAUCUCGACGCUGGUCAACCUGGGCGGUCUCCUGGCGACAGUUGCCUAUGGCGUGGUCCUGGGCAGGAGGUUGUCCUGA